CCCGCGCGUCUCCGGGUUGCGGAGCCGGUCGCCAUCUUUGUGCGGGGCGGGGCGGCAGGGAGUCAGCAGCGGGUCGGCGGGCUAUGGAGCGGCGGAUCAGCGCUCGGCUUCGGCUCUGGCUGCUGUUGCUACUCCUGCUCCCAGUGCAGGGCCGCCAGAAGGAGUCAGGUUCAAAGUGGAAAAUAUUUAUUGACCAAAUUAACAGGUCUUUGGAGAAUUAUGAACCAUGUUCAAGUCAAAACUGCAGCUGCUACCAUGGUGUUAUAGAAGAGGAUCUGAUUCCUUUCCGAGGAGGAAUCUCCAAGAAGAUGAUGGCGGAAGUAGUCAGACGAAAGCUAGGGACCCAUUAUCAGAUCAUUAAGAACAAAUUAUACCGAGAAUAUGACUGCAUGUUUCCCUCAAGAUGUAGUGGUGUUGAGCACUUUAUUUUGGAAGUUAUUGGGCACCUCCCUGACAUGGAGAUGGUAAUCAAUGUACGAGACUAUCCUCAGGUUCCUAAAUGGAUGGAGCCUGUCAUCCCAGUCUUCUCCUUCAGUAAGACAUCCGAGUACCAUGAUAUCAUGUAUCCCGCUUGGACAUUUUGGGAAGGGGGACCUGCUGUUUGGCCAAUUUAUCCUACUGGUCUUGGACGGUGGGACCUCUUCAGAGAAGAUCUAGUAAGGUCAGCAGCACAGUGGCCAUGGAGAAAGAAAAAUUCCACAGCAUAUUUUCGAGGAUCAAGGACAAAUCCAGAACGGGAUCCUCUCAUCCUUCUAUCUCGGAAAAAUCCAAAACUUGUUGAUGCAGAGUAUACCAAAAACCAGGCCUGGAAAUCUAUGAAAGAUACCUUGGGAAAGCCAGCUGCUAAGGAUGUCCAUCUUGUGGAUCACUGCAAAUACAAGUAUCUGUUUAAUUUUCGAGGCGUAGCUGCAAGUUUCCGGUUCAAACACCUCUUCCUCUGUGGUUCACUUGUUUUCCAUGUUGGUGAUGAGUGGCUAGAAUUCUUCUAUCCACAGCUGAAGCCGUGGGUUCACUAUAUCCCAGUCAAAACAGACCUCUCCAAUGUCCAGGAGCUGUUGCAAUUUGUAAAAGCAAAUGAUGAUAUAGCUCAAGAAAUUGCUGAAAGGGGAAGCCAGUUUAUUAUAGACCACUUGCAGAUGGAAGACAUCACCUGUUACUGGGAAAACCUCUUAACGGAAUACUCUAAAUUCCUGUCCUAUAAUGUAACAAGAAGGAAAGGCUAUGACCAGAUUGUUCCCAAAAUUUUGAAAACUGAACUGUAGUACUCAUCAUAGGACAAGAAUCCUCCCUAUGGCAGCAGAUCUGCUAUCCUGUGGUAAGAAGCUUACUAUGAGUGUGGCACCUAUACCUUGAACACCUUUUAUCAAGCCAAACAUCUGAUUUUCUUUAUCAUGCUGCACCCAGAGCUACUCUUAAGAAAGAUCUAAAAUAUGUGUAAUACAGAGAUGUGAAGAGUUCAACUCUGUCUGAAUAAGGACCCGGAAUCAUGAAAUGUGGAUUUUGAAUUGAUUCUACUUUCAUUUUCUUAUGAUCAAUCACAGAGUGUGCCUCAGAUCAUCUACAUGUAUAUGUUCAUCACUGUGAAAAUGACUGUGUCCAGGAGAGAUGCACUUUGUUCCAUUUUUUUGGAACAUAAAAUUGAGCAUUUGGAACUAGUACAACUCAUUUCUGCAGUUCUGAUAUUAUUCUAGACUUGAUAACUGCUGCUUUAUUUUAAUGUAGAAACCCUAUGGGAUUUGUGAAAAAUACCUGGGGUUCAUUUUCUGAAAGUUCAAGGAAGCAGCAGCUGUGCUGUGCAAUGAUAUAGGAGUUCUGUUUUGUAAAAGCAUAAACUGUUUGGUACUCAGGAGGUUUCUAUAAUGCCACUCAAGAGGGGCUAAUAACAUGAGUAAUUAUUGCAAUUGGAUUUUAAGUUCCCAUCUUGUGCCUUUAUGCCUUUUUAACUGUCUCUUUAAAGAGCAACAAGAACAAAAAAAGACAAAAAAUUCCUAAUAAAGUUAGGAAGUAGUCCUCACACUUUAAGGAACUGUGCUUGGUUGAAUAACUUUUAUCUUACCGUUUGCACACUUUAGCAUUUUUCCUUCUUAAAUUGACAGCAGCAGGGUUAUUGAUCAACAAUGUGCAGAGACCACAAGGAGUUUCCAUAUGGGAAUACAUCAUUAUGUUGGUAAUUCAGAGCAUUCACCUUUUACAUUUACUUAUAUAGGAGAUAUUUGUUUUGCAAAUCAUUGUUGGAGUCCUUUCUCAUUUUUUUCCUUUUUUGAAAAAGACAUUUGGGCCAGGUACAAUGCCUGUAAUCCCAGCAAAUCAGUAGGCUAAAGCAGGAGGGUCAUAAAUGCAAGCUAGCAUCAGCAACUCUGUGAUACUCUGUCUCAAAAACUAAAAGGCUAGGGAUAUAGCUUAGUGGUAGAGUGGCCUGGUUUCAAUCUGCAGUACUGCACAAAAAUAGAUAAAUAUAUAAAUAAAAUAGGAAGAAAAUUUUCUUUUGUUUUUAUUUAUUUAUUUAUUUAUUGUGGUACUGGGGAUUGAACCCAGGCACAGUCUAUCUCUGAGCUAUAUCCCCAGCCCUUUUUAUUUUAUUUUUGAAACAGGGUUGCUAAGUUGCUGAUUCUGGCCUUGAACUUAUGAUACGCCUGCCUCAGCUUCCCAUUUUGUUGGAAUUACAGUUGUGUGCCACCACACCUGGCCUUGUUGUCUUUUAGAAUAGGAACUAAAGCUUCAUUUCUCUGGGAACACUUCCAUUUUGUUUCAAGUUGCAGCUCAAACACCUUCUCUUUGAAUCCUUUCUUUCAUUCUUCUAGGCAAGGGUUAUUACCAUAAUAUUUUUUUUUAAUUUAUUAUUAUUUUUUUAUUGGUUGUUCAAAACAUUACAAAGCUCUUGACAUAUCAUAUUUCAUACAUUUUACCAUAAUAUUUUGCUUAUGCCUGCAUUAUAUGACAUCACAUCAUACCAUAAUUACUUGACUAUUUCUCCUUUUGGGUGGAAAUCAUGUUUUACUCAUCCUGAUGUCUCUAUUGUCCAGCACAGUGCCUCACACAGAGUAAAUACUGAAGUGUUUGAAGGAUGGAUGGAUGGGUGGAUAUGAAGACAUUUGGCUUUACUAGAUUCUAUUUAUAGAUUGCCCAGCCAUUGACUCCAAGGGGGAUUGAAUAAAUUUUUUAAAAAUUAUAUCAAUACCAAUCCUCACUUGCCCUCCAAAGAGUCAACUAGGGCAUCUUUGUCUUUACAUACAGCAAAUUACUCAUAUUUUAUACUUGUUCAUCUGUUUACCUCAGUGUUGAUUGUAUAAGGAUGAUGUAUAACAAUGGAUAAAGUGUAUGUUUUGAAAAUAUUUGUAUCCCCACAACUUUUGAAGUUUGUUGUCAUUAAUACAAGCUCAGACCCAAACUUACCCUUUCCUCUUCAAAAAUUCAUUUUCUCUAUUUGUGGAAAAGGCUUUUGUUGUGUAUAAUAUAACUAAAUGUAAUAUAUGUAGCAAGGAUUAUAUAUGUAUAUAUUUAUAUAUAUGGCAA